UUCGCUUCCUGUUGCAUUCGGAUUCUUUGUCGUUUCAGAUGUCAGGAAAACACUGGAUGAUUUGCAAAAAGUCUUGAAGAAUUUUCAGGCCAGAGUUGAAUUCUCAGAAGAUUUACAGAAGAUGAGCAAUGAAGCAGGAGACUUCGUUGAUAUAAGAGAAGUAAUUGAAAGUAAUGGCACUGAAAUAAAAGGAAAACACAGAACUGCUCACAAACCUCAUUCGAAACCAAAAACACUUGCUUUUGAAGCAAAUCUUCAAGAAAACGGAGCUGGGAGCCUGAAAACGGAGGAGGACCUCUGGGCCAGGCUUGAUGAACUGGAGAAGCAAGAAGAGGCCCUUGGUGAAUGUGAAAGGAAUCCUGAGAGCUCUGGGUUGGAGUUUUCAAUCCAGAAGAAGUAA